GAGCGAGCCGGGUGGCAGUGGAGGCGCCGAGCAGGAGCAGGCGGCGGCGCGGCGGCCCCUGGCAGAGGAGGAGGAGGCAGAGCCGGAGGGAGCCGCGGCGCCGGUAGCCCGGCCAGACCCCAGCCCCGGGGCGGGCAAGGAGGGGCGCGCGGGCGCGGCAGAAAGGGGGGCGCGCUGCGGAUGGCCCGGCCCGGCCCGCGGGGGGGGUGAGGUCCGCGGUCCCCCCGCCCUCCCCCCGGCCCUCGCCCGCCCCCUCCCCGGCCCGCUCGCCCUCCGGGGCGGUGGGGCAUGGCCUGAGGGUCCCCCGUAUUCGGGGGGGGGGGGGGGGGGGGGGUGGGGGGAGGGGCCGCGGGCGCCGCCGACCGGGACUCAGCAGCCCCGCCAGGCAGCUGCCUGUGAUGCUGCUGUCCCCCGUCGCCCCGUGGCCCCACGAUGACCCACAGCCCCGCGACAAGCGAGGACGAGGAACGCCACAGUGCCAGCGAGUGUCCCGAGGGGGGCUCAGAAUCGGACAGCUCCCCAGACGGUCCAGGAAGAGGCCCCCAGGGGACUCGGGGCCGGGGCAGCGGAGCACCUGGUAACCUGGCCUCUACCCGAGGCCUCCAGGGACGCUCCAUGUCUGUCCCUGACGACGCCCACUUCAGCAUGAUGGUUUUCAGGAUUGGCAUCCCUGACUUGCACCAGACGAAAUGCCUACGCUUCAACCCAGAUGCCACCAUCUGGACGGCCAAACAGCAAGUACUCUGUGCCCUGAGCGAGAGCCUACAGGAUGUACUUAACUACGGACUGUUCCAGCCAGCCACCUCAGGCCGGGAUGCCAACUUCCUGGAGGAGGAGAGACUUCUAAGAGAGUACCCUCAGUCCUUUGAGAAAGGGGUACCCUACCUGGAGUUCCGCUACAAGACCCGAGUCUACAAACAAACCAACCUGGAUGAGAAACAGCUGGCCAAACUGCACACAAAGACGGGGUUGAAGAAGUUCCUAGAAUACGUGCAGCUCGGGACGUCUGACAAGGUGGCGAGGCUGCUGGACAAGGGGCUGGACCCCAAUUACCAUGACUCAGAUUCAGGAGAGACACCUUUGACACUGGCGGCCCAGACUGAAGGCUCAGUAGAGGUGAUUCGGACACUGUGCCUGGGCGGGGCGCACAUAGACUUCAGGGCCCGGGAUGGCAUGACAGCACUCCAUAAGGCUGCAUGUGCUCGGCACUGCCUGGCACUCACGGCACUUCUGGAUCUUGGGGGCUCCCCCAACUACAAGGACCGACGAGGGCUGACCCCCCUGUUCCACACAGCUAUGGUGGGGGGAGACCCCCGCUGCUGCGAGCUACUUCUGUACAACAGAGCCCAGCUGGGCAUUGCGGAUGAGAACGGCUGGCAGGAAAUCCACCAGGCCUGCCAACGAGGGCACUCUCAGCACCUGGAGCACCUGCUCUUCUAUGGGGCUGAGCCUGGAGCCCAGAAUGCCUCAGGAAACACGGCCCUGCACAUCUGUGCUCUCUACAACAAGGAGACCUGUGCCAGAAUCCUUCUUUAUCGCGGAGCAAACAAGGAUGUGAAAAAUAACAAUGGACAGACACCCUUCCAGGUGGCUGUGAUUGCUGGGAAUUUUGAACUGGGGGAACUGAUUCGUAACCAUCGGGAACAGGAUGUGGUACCCUUCCAGGAGUCCCCCAAGUAUGCAGCCCGGCGUCGGGGACCCCCAGGCGCAGGGCUGACUGUACCCCCGGCGCUGCUGCGGGCAAACAGCGACACAAGCAUGGCGCUGCCUGAUUGGAUGGUGUUUUCGGCCCCGGGGGCUUCAUCCUCUGGGACCCCUGGCCCUACCUCAGGACCCCAGGGCCAGUCACAGCCCUCGGCCCCCAGCACCAAGCUCAGUAGUGGGACCCUCAGAAGUGCCAGCAGCCCCCGUGGUGCCCGGGCACGCUCCCCAUCCCGGGGGAGACAUCCUGAAGAUGCCAAGAGACAACCUCGAGGCCGGCCCAGCUCCAGCGGGACACCCCGAGAUGGGCCGGCUGGGGGAACUGGGGGCUCAGGGGGCCCUGGGGGCUCCCUGGGCAGCAGAGGCAGACGUAGGAAGCUCUAUUCAGCGGUACCCGGACGCUCCUUCAUGGCGGUGAAGUCCUACCAGGCGCAAGGCGAGGGGGAGAUCUCUCUGAGUAAAGGCGAAAAGAUCAAAGUGCUCAGCAUCGGGGAAGGAGGCUUCUGGGAAGGCCAGGUCAAAGGUCGAGUUGGCUGGUUCCCUUCUGACUGCCUAGAAGAGGUGGCAAACCGUUCCCAGGAGGGAAGACAAGAAAGCCGAAGUGACAAGGCAAAGAGACUCUUCAGGCAUUACACAGUGGGCUCUUACGACAGCUUCGAUGCCCCAAGUGAUUACAUCAUCAAGGAGAAGACAGUCUUACUGCAGAAGAAGGACAGUGAGGGGUUCGGGUUCGUGCUCCGGGGGGCCAAGGCGCAGACCCCCAUCGAGGAAUUCACCCCCACCCCGGCCUUCCCGGCGCUGCAGUACCUCGAGUCUGUGGACGAGGGUGGCGUGGCAUGGCGGGCUGGACUACGAAUGGGAGACUUCCUCAUCGAGGUGAACGGACAGAAUGUAGUGAAGGUUGGCCACCGUCAGGUGGUCAACAUGAUCCGACAGGGAGGCAACACACUGAUGGUCAAGGUGGUGAUGGUGACCAGACACCCAGACAUGGACGAGGCUGUCCACAAGAAAGCAUCCCAGCAGGCUAAGCGGCUCCCGCCCCCAGCCAUCUCCCUGCGUUCCAAGUCUAUGACCUCAGAGCUGGAGGAAAUGGUCUCCCCCUGGAAGAAGAAAAUUGAAUACGAGCAACAGCCUGCAGCAGUGCCCAGCAUGGAGAAAAAGCGGACUGUGUAUCAGAUGGCACUCAACAAACUGGAUGAGAUCUUGGCCGCUGCUCAGCAGACCAUCAGCGCAAGUGAGAGUCCUGGGCCCGGUGGCCUGGCAUCCCUGGGCAAGCACCGACCCAAAGGAUUCUUUGCCACUGAGUCGAGCUUUGAUCCUCACCACCGCUCCCAGCCAAGUUAUGACCGGCCCUCUUUCCUGCCUCCUGGACCUGGCCUUAUGCUCCGGCAGAAAUCUAUCGGGGCUGCGGAAGACGACAGACCCUACCUAGCGCCCCCAGCCAUGAAAUUCAGUCGUAGCCUGUCAGUCCCGGGUUCAGAGGACAUACCUCCCCCACCCACUACAUCCCCACCAGAACCGCCCUAUAGCACACCUCCGGCCCCUUCCUCUUCCGGCCGUCUCACUCCCUCGCCUCGGGGAGGGCCCUUUAACCCCAGUUCCGGGGGUCCCCUUCCCGCCUCCUCCCCUUCAUCUUUCGAUGGGCCAUCCCCUCCUGACACCCGUGGUGGGGGCCGAGAGAAGAGCCUGUAUCACAGUGGAGCCCUACCCCCUGCCCACCACCACCCACCUCAUCACCACCAUCAUCACGCCCCACCUCCCCAGUCCCACCAUCAUCAUGCACAUCCUCCUCACCCACCGGAGAUGGAGACAGGAGGUUCCCCCGACGAUCCCCCACCUCGAUUGGCCCUGGGACCCCAGCCCAGCCUUCGAGGCUGGCGAGGUGGAGGACCCAGCCCGACCUCAGGGGCCCCAUCACCUUCCCACCACAGUAGCAGCGGAGGCAGCAGUGGUCCUACUCAGGCUCCCGCCCUGCGCUACUUCCAGCUGCCCCCGAGGGCGGCCAGUGCGGCUAUGUAUGUGCCAGCCCGCUCCGGCCGAGGUCGCAAGGGCCCGCUGGUCAAGCAGACCAAAGUGGAAGGUGAGCCCCAAAAGGGCAGCCUCCCUCCCGCGUCGUCUCCAACAUCCCCGGCGCUGCCUCGGUCCGAACCACCUCCGGCCGGGCCGUCGGAGAAAAAUUCCAUCCCUAUACCUACCAUCAUCAUCAAAGCCCCAUCUACCAGUAGCAGCGGCCGCAGCAGUCAGGGAAGCAGCACAGAGGCUGAGCCCCCCACCCAGCCGGACGGCGCGGGCGGCGGCGGAUCCUCGCCUAGCCCUGCACCUGCCACGUCCCCCGUGCCGCCGUCCCCGUCGCCCGUGCCCACCCCCGCGUCACCCAGCGGCCCGGCCACCCUGGAUUUCACUAGCCAGUUUGGAGCAGCCCUAGUGGGCGCGGCGCGGAGGGAGGGAGGCUGGCAGAACGAAGCCCGGCGGCGGUCCACGCUGUUCCUGUCCACCGACGCAGGAGAUGAGGAUGGAGGCGACAGCGGGCUGGGCCCGGGGGCGCCCCCGGGUCCCCGGCUGCGCCAUUCCAAAUCUAUUGACGAAGGCAUGUUCUCCGCCGAGCCGUACCUCCGGCUGGAGUCGGGGGGCAGCAGCGGGGGCUACGGGGCCUACGCAGCGGGCAGCCGAGCCUAUGGGGGCAGCGGUAGCAGCAGCGCCUUCACCAGCUUCCUUCCCCCGCGGCCCCUGGUGCAUCCACUAACCGGCAAAGCCUUGGAUCCCGCCUCUCCGCUGGGGCUGGCGUUGGCCGCCCGGGAGCGGGCCUUGAAGGAGUCCUCGGAGGGUGGGGGCACCCCUCAGCCGCCUCCGAGACCUCCGUCACCACGCUAUGACGCCCCACCGCCCACCCUUCACCACCACUCGCCCCAUUCACCCCAUUCGCCACAUGCGCGUCACGAGCCAGUGUUGCGCCUCUGGGGGGACCCCGCGCGCCGGGAGCUGGGGUACCGGGCAGGCCUAGGGAGUCAGGAGAAAGCCCUUACCGCUAGUCCACCUGCAGCUCGCCGCUCCCUACUGCACCGUCUGCCCCCGACGGCUCCCGGGGUCGGGCCCCUCCUGCUGCAGCUGGGGCCGGAGCCCCCAACUCCCCAUCCUGGGGUGAGCAAGGCCUGGCGCACAGCAGCCCCGGAGGAGCCCGAGCGGCUGCCGCUGCACGUGCGAUUCCUUGAGAAUUGCCAGGCCCGGCCUCCCCCAGCUGGUACGAGAGGGUCCUCCACUGAAGAUGGGCCUGGGGUCCCGCCUCCCAGCCCUCGCAGAGUCUUACCAACCUCUCCCACCUCCCCGCGAGGCAACGAGGAGAACGGCCUUCCGCUACUGGUCCUGCCACCGCCAGCCCCUUCGGUGGAUGUGGACGACGGCGAGUUCUUGUUUGCGGAGCCGCUGCCUCCACCCCUGGAGUUUUCCAAUAGCUUCGAAAAGCCAGAGUCGCCUCUCACACCCGGUCCUCCCCACCCGCUGCCUGACCCUCCCUCCCCGGCUACCCCUCUACCCGCAGCCCCAACUCCGGCUGUGGCCGCAGCCCCUCCCACCUUGGACUCCACAGCAUCCAGCCUGACCUCCUACGACAGCGAAGUGGCCACGCUGACCCAGGGGGCUCCCGCGGCUCCUGGGGAUCCUCCUGCUCCAGGCCCGCCUGCCCCGGCAGCCCCAGCUCCCCCAGCACCGCAGCCAGGCCCUGACCCUCCACCUGGAACAGAUUCUGGAAUUGAGGAGGUGGACAGUCGCAGCAGCAGCGAUCACCCGCUGGAGACCAUCAGCAGCGCAUCUACACUCAGCAGCUUGUCAGCCGAAGGAGGAGGCAACACAGGGGGCGUGGCUGGGGGCGGGGCCGGGGUGGCCAGCGGGACGGAGCUCCUGGACACCUACGUUGCCUACCUGGAUGGCCAGGCCUUCGGGGGCAGUGGGACUCCUGGCCCACCAUAUCCCCCCCAGCUCAUGACUCCUUCUAAGCUCCGGGGCAGGGCGCUUGGGACUAGUGGAAAUUUGAGACCUGGUCCCAGUGGGGGACUCCGAGAUCCUGUCACCCCCACCAGCCCCACCGUCUCUGUGACCGGAGCUGGAACAGAUGGGCUACUGGCCUUGAGUGCUUGCUCUGGACCCUCGACGGCAGGUGUGGCAGGGGGCCCCGUGGCGGUUGAGCCAGAAGUCCCGCCUGUACCUUUGCCCACUGCCUCAUCCCUGCCGCGGAAGCUACUACCGUGGGAGGAGGGUCCGGGACCACCACCACCACCCCUGCCGGGGCCCCUGUCCCAGCCUCAGGCCUCUGCCUUGGCCACGGUCAAAGCCAGCAUCAUCAGCGAACUCAGCUCCAAGCUCCAGCAGUUUGGUGGGUCCUCUACCGCGGGAGGAGCUCUGCCUUGGGCUCGGGGAGGCAGCGGGGGCAGCACAGACAGCCACCAUGGAGGAGCCAGUUACAUCCCAGAGAGGACCUCCUCCCUGCAGCGGCAGAGGCUCUCCGAAGACUCCCAGACCUCUCUCCUCUCCAAACCCAGCAGCAGCAUCUUUCAGAACUGGCCUAAACCCCCUCUGCCACCACUCCCUACCGGAUCUGGGGUCUCCUCUUCAACAGCAGCAGCCCCAGGAGCUACAUCCCCUUCAGCCUCACCUGCCUCAGCUUCCACCAGACACCUGCAGGGUGUGGAAUUUGAGAUGCGGCCUCCGCUGCUCCGCCGGGCACCCAGCCCCUCGCUGCUGCCUGCCUCGGAUCACAAGGUCAGCCCAGCGCCCAGGCCCUCUUCUUUGCCCAUCCUGCCUUCAGGACCCCUCUACCCGGGCCUCUUCGACAUCCGUAGCUCUCCGACCGGAGGGGCAGGAGGCUCGGCUGACCCCUUCGCUCCCGUCUUUGUGCCACCACACCCCGGGAUAUCUGGGGGUCUUGGAGGAGCCUUGUCUGGGGCCUCUCGCUCCCUAUCACCCACCCGCCUGCUCUCGCUGCCCCCGGACAAGCCGUUCGGCGCCAAGCCUCUAGGGUUCUGGACCAAGUUUGACGUCGCCGAUUGGCUGGAGUGGCUGGGCUUGUCAGAGCACCGAGCCCAGUUCCUUGACCACGAGAUUGAUGGCUCCCAUCUGCCCGCCUUGACCAAGGAGGACUAUGUGGACCUAGGCGUGACCAGGGUGGGCCACCGUAUGAACAUUGACCGGGCUCUCAAAUUUUUCCUGGAGAGGUGAUGGCUGGCCUGGACGGACCAGCCCGUCCAUCGGACCCUUGAGCCCGCUGACCUCUUGACCUCUGACCCCUCUGACCAUCAUUCUCUCCCUUCUCCCCUCAGGGGGCCAGGGACUCUGCUAAAACUGUGCCCGGGCCCCAUCUCCCCAGGCCUGACUGAGGUCCCCAGACGGACCGGAUGCAGGCCAGACAAUGGCACCUCGCAAGAGGUGGGCAGCUGACACAAGACUGCAAGUGGAGUAGAGGGGGAUUAGAAGAAAAUGACAAAGGGGUACUGAAGAAGGAGGGAAAGGCCGACUGGGGGUGGGGGACAGACAGAGCCAUAGAGGGUCAGCCCAGAGCCUGACCUGAUGGGGUCCUGGGAAGGUGUGCCCUCCGAGUCCAUCAUUCGCGUCCCUCAAAUGACCCUUUUCACCUCUCCAGGCCCCUCAGCCUUCCCCUGUCCUUGACACACUCAGCUGCCCAGCCCCCUGCCUCUUGCACGCCUGUUCCCUUUCCUGGCUGCAGUUUUUGCACAAGCUUGCCCCCUGGCUGUCUUGCACACCUCUGGCCUUCGAGGCCCUCUCAGCUCCCCAACACGCUGCAUUCUUUUUUUUUUUUUUUUUUUUUUUUUCCCUCAAGCACCACCGCCUUUGCUAGCUUGCUCUCUGCAUACUUGCUUCUGGGGGAGGGGGGUUUUGCACCCUUUAUUUCUCUAGCCACCCUGGACCCAUGCUGCAGACACACAUGGGACUUCCCUUCCCUCUCCUGCUCAGACCCAGGCCUACUCCCAUAGCCCCCGUCACCCCUGCUCUCUGCUCUUUCCGUGCACACUCUGAACACACCUCUGUUCUUACACCCAGGGCCACUUUCCUGUCCUGCCACCCCCAAGCCCUUGCGCUACCUUUCUUUCAUGGCGGCACUCCUGUGCCCAGCCUUCUCUAUUUUCUCUUACACUUAGCACACCCCUCACACUCAUGGCCCUGAACUCAUGGCUUUUGCAAAUGUUUAAUCCCUUCUCCCCCUUCUUCACGUUUCUGUUCUUCUGUUCGAUU